ACCUGACCCACUAGAAAACCCAACCCAAAUUCCCAACCUCAAACGGCUAGAACUGUUUUUUUAAAAAUUAAAAACAGAACAUUGGGAUCUCAUUGACGUCGUUAAACUGCCACACUAACGCCAUCAACUGUUUAUCCCAUUCAAUUUCAAAUCCAUAAACAGGUCCCUCUCUUCUUUCCAACGGCUCUCUCUUUCUUUGAAAACCACUUUCUCAAGUUUCUUGCUUUUUUUUUUUUCUUAUUUCUUUAUCUUACUGUAUUAGUUUCUCUCAAGUUCACUUUUAUGGCUAAUCUGUGAUACCCAUUACCAGGUACUAGUUUUUGAGACACAUUCUAAAGAAGGAAAAUGGAGAGGGUCAUUGAAGAGUUAGAUGAAGCCAAAGCUGAGAUUGAGAAGCUCAGGACAGAUUUAAAAUGCAAAGCAGAAUUGUCUGAAAAUUUGAAGAAAGCUCACUAUGAGCAAACUAUUCAGAUUCAACAAUCAAAGUCAAAGAUAGAGAUGCAGGCCCAAGAGCUGAAUGAAAAGGCUGAGGAGAUCUCUGUGGUAAGACAAAUGUGUGAAGAUCUUAAAUGCAGCUUGAAUGAGAAGGAGUCCAUCAUCAGACGUCUGAGCUCCACAAAUGACAAGCUUCGUGUUGAUAGUGAUGAGAAGCAACGAAAAUGGGAGGAUGAAAAACAAGAGUUGGUGUUGGCUCUAGAUGAGGCAAAUGAGAAGAACAUAGAUCAGGAGCAGAAAAUUCAUGUAUUUAUGGCAGAGAUUGAGGGUCUUAAAGGGCUUUUAUCAGCUUCGCAAAAUAGGUGCUUGGAAGCAGAGAAAAGGGCCAAAGAACAUAAAGAACUAAGGGAAAGAGAUGAUGUGCUAUCCAAACUAGAGGAGGAGAAUAGGAAACUUGAAGAACAGCUAAAAUGGAAGAAAGAGCAGUUCAAACAUUUAGAAGAAGCACAUGAAAAACUCCGAAAUCAGCUCAAGGAAAGCAAGAAAGAGCGGGAAAGGGAGAAGUCUGCAUUAAUUGAUGAGAUUUGUUCAUUGCAGACGAGCUUGGAUUCUCAAACCAGAAUCUCAGACGAUCUUCAAAACCGGUUGAAGAUCUGCAACCAAGCCCUAGCUCAUGAAGAAAGCAGGAGAAAGUAUAUGGAAGUUGAGAUUUCUGAAUUUAAAGCACGCUUUGAGAAUGUUUUUACAGAGUGUCAGGACACAAAGUCACAGCUGGAGUGCUUGACUACUCAGAGAGACAAAGAAAUAGCAGCACUUAGACAUUCAUUGGGCACAAAGGAAACAUUUUACAAAGAAAUUGAGUACCGAGCUGGAAAAUUAGAGCAAGAAAAUCAAGAGUUAUUGGCAUCCCUUAAAGAACUCCAGGAAGCUCACAUUCAGGAAACGGGAAACUCUUCUUCUGUGGCAAAACUGCGAAACAAGCUCAAAAGUGUGGAGCAGAUGCACAGGGAUUGUUCCGCAAAUCUUAGAGCCAAACAAGCUGAAUGGAGCUCUCAACUGCAAAAUUUGAAUGCAGAGCUGAAUAAUUAUAGGUUUGCUCUAGAGAGUAAAGAAACAGCAGCAAAGGAGCUCAAGAUUGAGUUGGAAAAUUGUCACUCUGCAAUAAUGCAGCUCGAGUUGCAGAAUAUAGAGGCAUCAGUGAUGUUGUUGGUGUUGAAAGCAGUAAUAACUGAGGUUCAGUUGAACCUGAGAAAUGCUGAUGACAAGACAAGUCUCCAUGACAAAGAAAGAGAUGAGAACGUUUCUCUCCUAAUGAGGCAGCUGGAAAUGAAGAAUACUGCUUUGUCUAAAGCACUGAAAGAUAACCAAGAAGAACAUGAGAAAGUCGCCUCUUUAUUGAAGAGAGUUGAAUCUUUGGAGCUUGUUGAACAACAGCAACUCCUUCUCCAGAAAGAGCUUGAAAGGUGCAAGGAAAUGCAUCAGGAAUCAUCCAGAUCUCAUUUACACUUCAAGGAGCAAGUUUUGCAGACAGAGAGAGAACUCAAAGAGAAAAUCGAAGAACUUUCUGAUGCCUUAGAAAUGGCAAAUGCAGAAUUAUCCACCGAACGUGAAAAGGCAGCUUCUUUGUCAAGAAAGGCUGCAUCCUUGGAUAUCAUUGAGGAAAAGCGGCAGUUGAUGCAGAAAGAGCUGGAUAGGUACAAAGAAAUGCUAGAGGAAUCAUCCAGGUGUCAACUUCGCUUAGAAGAGGAAACUUUGAGCAUCGAACUUGACUUCCAAGAGACACUUAGAGAAGUUAGUGAUGCACUGGACUCUGCAAAUUCUGAGUUGUGUGAAGAGCGUGAGAAGGCAGCAUCUUUAUUGAGGAAGGUUGAGUCUUUUAACCUUAUGGAAGAGCAGCAGCGUCUGAUGCAGAAAGAACUAGAGAGAUAUAAGCAAAUGCUUGAUGAAUCAUCCACACACCAACUCCACUUAGAAAAGCAAGCUUUGCAGAAGGAAAAUGACUUCAAAGAGAAACUUCAAGAACUUUCUGAUGCUUUAAGCAGGGCGAACUCUGAACUGGCAGCAAAAAUUUGUGAAGGACAUGCAGUUGAAUUUGAAUUGUGGAUAUGGGAAUCUAUUGCUCAACGAUUAAAGGAUGACCUCGAAGAAAAUCAGGCACUGCGUAAAGAAUUAGAAGUUUCGCUUCUUGCACAAGUAGAAGUUGGGGAAACCAUCAAGAAGGAGAAGGAUAGUAGAAUAGAUAGUCUCCAGCAUCAUAUUGAAUUGCUUGAGCAAGAGCUUAAAACAAGAGAAUUGGUAGCUGCCACAUGUGCUGGGAUGGAGAAAGCAAUGUCCUUUGACUUGGAGAAAGAGAAAUUGCUCAAAACCAUGAGAGAAAAGGACAAUAUCUUGGAGGAUCUGCAGAAAGAGAUUGGGUGGCUGGAGCAAGAAUCACUAAAAAGGGAACUUGAGGGUGCAAUUGUUGCACGUAUAGGGGCAGAAAGGAUACUUGAGCAUGAGAAGGAGAACCUUAUCCAGCUUGUAGAAGAGAGGGAUCAUAAAAUAGAUGAACUCCUGCAGCUCGCAAGUUCAUUGGAACAAAGUUUUAACUGCUCAUUAGUCUCUCUCUCUUCAGAGAUUGCUGAGAAGCAGGCCGAGAUCAGUUUUGUCCAUGAGGCCUGGGAAAAGAUAGCUGCAGCUGAGAUUCUCGCUCAGCUGGAAAUUGAAGAGAAGAAGUUGAUGAUUGUGGAGCUAGAAGAUGACAUAUCUUGCGUACAGCAGAAACUGGAAGCACAGGAACAAUCCAUGUCUUCUUCACAACAGCAAGCAUUGGAAGUUGAAGCUGAACUUAUAGCAAAACAGAUGGAAAUGAAGAACUUAACGAAUCUAAUGGAAACAAAGCUGAGAACUUCAGAAGCAUUGGUUGAUGAGCUCAAGAUAGAGAGGGUACAUUUGGUUGAAGAUGUCAUGAAACUGUCAACAGAAAGGGAAAACCUGAUGGAUUGUGUUGUGGGACUUAGUGACAGGAUCAGCCAGUUCUCUGAUGAAGAUGUGCUACUGGCAGAAAACUUAGAAAGAAUGGUGCAGUCUGUUGAUGAUAGUGGAUCUGCUUUGGACCUAAAAAUUGAUACUAUGCGUUUCAAGAAUGUGAAAGAUAUUGAGAAUACUUAUCCUUCGCCCACAACAAAGAGGUUUCAGGCUGUUAUGGAAGAGAGGUCACCAUUUCGAGAGCUCAACUAGAAACUGGGGAGACAGACGCUCUGUUUGCUGUGUAAUUUGCUUGACAAUUCCAUUCUUUUUUAGUUUUGUAUUCUUUCUUUUAGUUCCAUGCAGAUUUUAAGCAUGGAUAUGUGAUCUUUUUAGUUUGUAUAUGAUGCACGCUUUAGGAAAUCUGUUUCAGCUAUGAGAAAUUGCCACAAAUUUUGAUUUGUCAGUAUCUCUUAAACCGUCACUUCUCAAGCCAUGAGAAAUUGCAGAUUUGUGUAACAUUAGCAACUACAUUUUCAGCUUAAAUAAAUUUGUUCUUUUUUAUUGAGUUUGGAUCACCAA